AAAAAAACCCAACAUUCCCCCCACUCCUUUAUACCAUCUCUUGGUGAAUUGUCCCUCCAUCUGGUGACAGUUAAAGCCCUGUCUGGGACCUUGCUGGAAGCUCACAUCUCUUUUUGGAACCACUCGCAGCAAAAAAAGAAAAAAAGAGCAAGAAGGUCUUUCAUGUAAAAAAGAUGAGAUUGCUGUGACCUUGCUAACUGUUCAUAUUCCCUGGGUAGCAGAGACACUUAAAUGAUGACUUGUGUGAAGACAGACAUGGUUAUUUUUCUCUUCAAGGGUAUGACACAGUGAAACGUAUCACCAAUCAAGUAGGAGUGCAGGCACUGAGUAAGCACUCAGUGUAUCCACUGCUCUGGACGCUGUAGAACCAUAGUACCGGAGUCUAGAAAAUAAGUGAAGUUGGGGGAAAAUGGCCUGUGAAUUUAAUCUAAACUUCCUUAAGGAACUGGAACGAGAGGCUGUUCUGGAAGUCCUGUACCGUGACCAGAUGGUGAGAAAAACAGAGGAGGAAAGAAUAAGGAAACUGAAACUGCAGCUGCAGCAGCUUCGGUGGAAAAGGGAAAGAAAUGUGAGCCAUGAAUACCAGGAGAGAUCUUGCGCUCGCUGUCAGAAAUCACUUGGGUUAUUGAUGAACAGAGGUGCAGUAUGCAAUGGGUGCAGUCAUCGAGUGUGCUCUGACUGCCGUGUCUGCCUGAAUCCCUGCCUUUGGAAAUGCACUGUUUGUUAUGCUCAUGGCGAUAUGAAAGUAAAGGCUGGUGAAUGGUUCUUUGAGGAACGAGCAAAGAAAUAUCCAGGUGAAGGCAGACAUGAAACAGUUGGUGCAAAGCUCUUGAAAUCUUAUCAGAAACUGAGUAAAAUUUCUGUUGUACCUCCAACCCCACCUCCUUUCACAGAAUCCACAGCAGGAAGCAACGUCACAGUAAAUGAACUCGGACAGUCAAAAAGUUUUAAUAAAUCUGUGGAAAACUUGUUUCUGUCUCUCACAACACAUAUAAAAAAAAUCUCUAAGUCCCAGAAUGAUAUGGCUGACAGACGUCUCCUAACCACAAAUUAUGGGCAGAAUGUGGAAAGAAGGAAGCAAAGGAGGAGCCAGUCUGACACCGCCAUCAACAUUACCAGCAGGAUGAAAAGUACACCCAGUCUUCAACAGCUCAUCACUGGGGCUCAAACUGACAGUGAAAUUCUAACCAAAAGAAAUUACAAGGAGGAAGACGACGACAUAACAACCAGCCCCACAAGUGAUGCAGUUUUCUGUGAUGGCAGAAAACACGGGAGUUUGUAUAGUCUUAACAGCACUUGCACUGAGUCUGGAAAUUUUGGCAAGGCUAACAUCACGGGAGAAAUAGAGUUUGCCGUAAGAUAUGUCUUCAAAGCUUGCAUCUUAGAAAUUUGCAUCAAAGGUUGCAAGAACCUAGCUUAUGGAGAAGAGAAGAAGAAAAAGUGUAACCCGUAUGUUAAGGUUUAUUUACUUCCUGAUAAAUCUCCUCGGAGUAAGCGGAAGACAGCUGUCAAAAAGAGCACAGUGGAUCCAGAAUUCAACGAAACUUUGAAGUACAAGAUUGAACACUCCCAGCUGGGAAGUCGGCAGCUUCAGAUCUCUGUGUGGCAUGCAGGAGCGCUCAAAUACAGGGUGUUCUUGGGGGAAGUGGUGAUUCCACUGGCAGCAUGGAAUUUUGAAGAGAACUCGAUGCAGUUGUUCGACUGGUACCAGCUCAAACCCAAGCUUGAAAAGCCUGAAGAUGAUCUUAUCCAGUACAGCGGCGAACUCCUCGUUUCUGCAAGACUGUCAGUACCAGCCCAGUAUAAAAAUUUCCAGUUUGAAGGAAAAAAAACCCAAGGAGUUCCCAACUGCCAGCUUCAGGUUAUGAUAUUUGGGGCCAAGAAUUUGCCCGUGCUGAGAUCUGUUGGAAUGCCAAACUCAUUUGUUAAAGGUUGUCUUACCCUUCCAGACAAAGCAGAGGUAAAGCGAAAGUCUCCUGUCCUGAAGAAAGAAGCCUGUCCCCAGUGGAGACACUUGUUUGUCUUUGAUGGUGUUACCCCAGCUCAGCUACAGCAAUCAUGUCUACACUUGACUGUCUGGGACCAGUCAACUUUCAGCUCAAGUGAUCAAUUCCUAGGAGGAGCCAAGCUUGGUGCAAAGGAAUCAUCUGGCUCUACAGACCUCGUCUCUCAGUCGGCGCUCCAAUGGCAGGAAGUGCUCCGCAGUCCAAACGUGUGGACGGACUUCACACUUGUACUGCAUUCAAAUAAGGAAAACUUUAAAUCAUGAGAUUACUGCACACCAACUUUUCCUUCCUUGUGUGUGAUGUUUUAAAUUCAAGUGGCACAUACCUCUCAGGUCUGGGGAAAGAUACACUGCAACAGUACCUACUCCAGCUUUUGGGGAAUAGCGUUAUGCAUUUGAAAGUGUAGGAUGUUCCAAAGGGUUUAUUUCUCAAAAGGUUAAGGCUUUGUUAUCUGUGUCUCUAGCUGGAGUAUAACGUUAGUAUUGUUGCUUCAGGAGUGACAAACUCUGUUUGAAAUGCAUUAUGCUGACAAGGCAACAGUAGCCAGAUGAUACGCAGUUUUCCAUUUCUGGGCAUAGCAGAACUGUAAUUAUUUAAUUUAAUCACAGAUAGGAAUACUACUUCGAGAAAACAAUUGUUACCUUAAGAAAGUUACAUGCUUUCACUCAGAUCUUGAUGCUUUAUAUAUGUUCAGAGAAAAUUGCAAAGUAGCUUGCCUUUAACUGCUUGCUGCAGAUGGAUGAUGUUAACACCUCUGUGCUUCAGAAUUAUCUACAGUGCCACUAUUAUUUCACACGACCCUAAAAUGCUUUGGCCUGUGGCCACAUGCCUCUCAUACAUGCUGUAUCAUGGUGCUUAAAACCAGUUAAAUGUAUAAAUUGUCCCUUGUUAUCAGCUGCUGAUGUAAGAUAGUAUUAGCAGGUCUGAUCCGUAUAGUAGACAGCACAGGGUAGGAGUUUAGCAAAGGUCAUCAUUUAUUCAUGUGAACUGGUGGAAAUGCAAGUUUAAGGCCCCACUACUGUCUCACAGUUCACUUUGCCUCAUGCAGUGUUACAGCUGUAACUAGUGCUGCUGGCGCACACCUCUAGUCAUUACAGCAAGCAUUCUCCUUCCUUCCUUCCUUUCCAAGUCAACAUGGCUUUUAAAAGGACUUAAAAGUUAGACACAGGGAUUCACUGGCUAAGCUCAGGAGCUAGAAGAGCAGCAACACACCUUACACAGGAAACACCCCACACAAGAAACACUUGACUCCACGUCCUUUGUUACUUUGCAGAUCUUUUAUUUAGAUGUUUGCUGCUGCAAAUAAAAAAACCCACAAGAUUCAACUCAAGUAUAAAGCAGCAUAGAUGUAAAUGGAAGAGAAGAGCUGACAACAUACUGUAUCUCACUUUCUAACAGAUUUUCAAGAAAAGGGGGAGAUUAGGGGAGAAGGAAUGGUCACAGAAAUGCUCUCUACUAGAGAGAAUACAACUGUGAUAUAAACAAGCAGUCCCUUCAUCUUUGGAGUCUGAAACUUUAAAUCAAACAUUUAAAAAAAUUAGAAAAUUUGUUAGAAAAA